AUGGCUUCUGAUACGUCCUGUACCGCUAAACGUGAUUGUAAUCUCCUCGUUUCACAUCCAUUAGAAUCAUCAUAUUUUCAGGCUGCUGGGGACGCCAGUCGUGACCUGCAGAUCACUGGUGUGACCCGUAAAAAUGCCAGUUGGCAGUACCAUAUUGAAGUGCUGGAUGUGCGUGUAUCCAGCUUCAAUAGCGGCAGAUCAACCGUCUCUGGGCGUGAUUCAAGCAUGGAAAACAAUAGCAGAGUCAUUUCGGAUACAACAGAGGAAGAACAGAGUGCCGUGGACAUGGAUAUGCCACCCAUGGUUCGCUAUACUGUCACAAGGCGAUACACGGACUUUCGUCAGCUAUACAACUAUCUAGUCGACAGUCACGGCCUGGCAUUGCAAGACGUACUGCCCAAAUUCCCGGACGGAGGGUGGAUCUCUUAUCUACGUGGCGAUGACCCGAGACUGCUGCAUUAUCGACGUGAGAGACUGCAGCGGUUUCUACGAGCAGUGGACACUCGUCAAGAGCUGCGGUGGAGUGCGGCCUUUAGAACUUUUCUACGACCAGAUCUCGAAAAUCUUGGGUCUUUUGCCACGAACACGUCAUUGCCGAUGUUGCUUGCUGGUAAGCUAUCGCUCGCCACCUCGAACAGCAGUAGUAUCAGUGAUAUCGAUACCCAGUCUCCACCACCCCCGCCCCUGUCAGCCCCAUCGUCGCUUCCAUCACGCCAUCAUGUUCUCGAAACUUCCGGUGUCAUUGCUGUACCACCUGUGAGCUCAUCGGGUGGUUAUGUGUCGCUGUCACAAGUCAAGUCUCCGGAGAUUCGCUUUCGAAAGAAAAUGAUUCUGGGAGGUGCUAACCCACGUGGCGACUUAAAACGCCGACGGAUGUAUCUCCACACUCAAGAUGCAGACGAUAUGGACGUCGAGCAGCGUAAAUUUUCGGCUAAAAAACAAUUUGUGAUGGCGCUCAGCGGUGCAUUCGGCUUCAAGCGCUUCGUUGUCGGGGUCGGAAGCGGUGUCAUUGGGGUUUUGGGCCGUAUGAGCAGUGAGCGAUCGGACUCUAUUGAUACUACAGAGGACCAAGAUGAUAGUGAUACAGACGCAGAGAGAGAAUCGAAUGGAAGUGCUCGUGACCGCAAUGCCGACUUGCUCAAGAUGCUGUCCAGCGGGGGUAGUCAGAUUUUGUAG